AUGAGUGCCGUGGCCACCCUGUGCGUCAUCGUGGCCGGAGCGGCUGCCGUGCUGUUCGCAGCGGCAGGAUACCUGUGGGCCAGCCGGCUGCGUACUGGGGUGCCCGGACCACCCACUCUCCCCAUCCUGGGCAACCUGCUCUUCUUUCGGAAACUUCCUGUUGUCUACGAACACUGCAACAAGUUGCAAAGACUGUACGGAAAUGUCUACAGAUUCUAUAUAGGCCCGGUGCUCAUUGUGGUGGUGACAGAGGCGGAGGACGCGCAGAAGCUACUGGCAGGCACGAAGUUGCGAGACCGGGGCUCCUACUUAAUGCGACCCCUUCGUCCCUUUCUGGGCAAUGGCCUCAUAACCAACAGCGGAGAGACGUGGAAGAGUCAACGGAAGCUUAUCGAGCCUUGCUUCCAUUCUGAGGUACUGAAAGGGUUCUCGGACGCCUACAACGAGGGAGCUCAGUACAUCUGCGACUACCUGAAAAGGGCGGGAGGCUGCCAGGUACAGCUGUACGAGCCGCUCUGCCUGCUGUCGAUGCGCACACUGGCCGCGUCCGUGUUCGGACUGCCGUUCGAGGAGAUGGUGCAGGACCAGGACACGCGAGAUAAGGUUACCACUGCCUUCAUGGAAGGUUUGCGUAUUAUCCAGGAGACGCUGCGGCUGUACCCGCCGGUGCCCAACGCUUCAGUCGUCCUCUCUGAAGACACGCCCCUGGCCGGCGGUCGCUACGUCGCACCGAGAGGCGCCUACGUGCUGGUGGCGCUCCACUUGUUGCACCGGCAGCCGGACGUCUUCCCCGAUCCCGAAAAGUUCGACCCGUCGCGCUUCCUGGAAAACGGAGGGCCUGCGAGGAGCCCUUACGCCUACCUGCCGUUUGGCGCCGGAGCCCGCAAGUGUGUGGGAGCUCGCUUCGCGAUGCUCGAAAUUAAAACGGUGCUGGCCGCCGUUCUGCGCCAGUUCCGAGUGCUGCCCGGCUGUACGCGGAGGCAGCUGGACCAGGUGGGCAUCUCCACCACAGGCGUGCCCCUCAACGACUUCAAAGUCACGUGCAUUCCACGAACUGACUUGCCAGCUAGCCAAGCAAAGUAA